UUAAAAGAAAAAAAGAAAAUGAUUCCUCGCCAUCGUCCUCAACCUCGUGAACCCCCUCAAGCUCAGAGAAAAUCUCUCCCUCUCAACGUAGCCGCUUGCGUCUCUCUCAAUUUCACUCACACCCAAAACCCCUUAAUCGCAUCUCAGCAAAGUCUCUAUCAACAAACACACGAAAAUGAUAAAAGGAAAAAAGGAAGAAUUCUCACAAAGUGUCACGGCGGCGAUGAAAGGCGUGAAGAAGUUGGCCUCCCAAUCCAGGGUUUGGAUGAGCUCAAAAGAGUAUGGAAUUGGAAGUGCUUUCUUUUUGUGCUGCUCUGUUGUCUAUCCCAUUUUGGUGUUUGCUCUGAAAAAAGUGAAUUAAAGGAGCAUUGGUUUGAUUUUUCUAUCCAACUGUGGAUAUCUGCACUGAAUUGCAUUGGGAUUUGCUUUGAUUCCUUAUCUGAACUGUUUGCCUUUUGAUCAUGGACUGAAUGCUUGCCUUGAAUAAUUGCUGCAUUACUUGGACUCUGCAGGACAUCUAGUACUUCAAUAGACGUGCUCAAAAAUCUUCCCAAAGCUCCUGCUACCCUGCUUCCAAGGUGAUUUUCAGCAAUGCAAAGAGAUCUCCAUGGUGCAUCAAGAAGAUAAUUAACUCCAUCAUGAGACAGGUCACAAGCUUUUGGUUUCAAAGAAGUCACACGGCGGCAUGUUCCAGAUGUUCCAGCAAAAUAUG